AUGGCACACUUCCUACAAAUGCAUCGAUCGUCAGUUACUUGCUUGCAGGAUUUAUCUAACGAGAUUUUGUACGAUAUCUUCGAUUUUUUACACACCUACGAUGCAUAUCAAGCAUUCGGUAAUCUGAAUUGGCGUUUUCAGCGACUGUUUACUGAUUCCUGUUUUUCACAUAAAAUUAUCCUCGACUUAUCAAGUAAAGCAACUUUUCAGCAGCGUUGUCAAUAUCUUCAUUCAGGUAAUUAUCAAAACGUUAAAGCCAUUCAUUCGUCAAACUGUCUGGGUGUUGAUUAUAUUCUCUCGUUAUUUUUGAAUGACUUGUCAGCGUUUGUUCGUCUUGAGUCACUUGUAUUGCAUGAAAUUGAAGCCGAAAGAGUCUUACCACUUUUGACAAAUCUCAAACACUUGCCUCAACUCUAUUCGCUUUCGCUAUCAAAUCUUGGAAAGAUAAAAGAUCCAAAUACUCUUCAUCAGUUGAUAUUCAGUUUGCCUGUGCUUAAAUAUUGUAAUACAACAUUAAAAUGGACAGAGAUGCAGUUCACAUUGACAAGAUGUCUUAAUCCAACUAGUAAAAUCCAAUGUUUUAUCAGCAGAAGUGAUUUUGAUCCAAAUAUAUUGGGUAUUCUUCUCUCGUACAUGCCACAAUUGGUUCGUCUGUCUAUCAGUACCAAGCCAUCCAUACAGACGUUGAUCUCAUGGCAACCUAUAGUGUUAACUAAGUUGACAUACUUUCAUCUUGAUCAUUCGAUGGAUUUUGAUAGUUUUGAAAUGUUAAUGUCGGACUUCUUUCAUGAACUUAAAGUUUUACGUAUUUCUCAAAAUUCUGACAUUGACUAUUUAAACGCCAAACGAUGGCAGACCUUAAUUACUACCCAUUUACCACGUCUGGAAAAGUUUGAUUUGCAACAUAUUUCAGAAAUUCCACAUUUAUAUUAUUUUGAUGUGUCACAAUUAACUGAAUUCAUUUCGCCAUUUUGGACACAGCAUCGAUGGUUCUUUUAUCAUACAACUUAUAGAUAUAUGAGUAUGUGGUAUAUAUUCUUCUUUUCGAACAUAUCCACACGCACUUCUACUCGUCACAUAACAAUCGUCGACGAUCGCACGACUAUUGAUAUACGUGCAUCACAAUUAACCGUGUAUAAUGAUGAAAAUUUUGGAACAUUGUUGGACAUUUCUAAUCUGACAAGUUUGAUCGAUUUUGAAGGACCGAAAAGUUUGACGUUACGCAUGAAAACGUAUGAUCGAAAUAAUUUGAUGGAACUUUGUCGAGCUAUGCCCGAUGUGGAAAUCUUAGUGCUUUCCACAUACUCGGCUCAUUUAGUGUCAAUAGACAAUGAUUACGAUACAGCAACGGCUCGGCUUCAAUAUGCUGAACAAAUAAAUUUGGACGAUGUUCAGACGUUGAUCAGCAUCCUUCCAAAUUUGAAAAGUUUGGAAAUGAACAUCAAAGGAGAUCAUUUGGAAUCUAUUAUUAGAUUUCUAUUAAAACAAAAGGCGAGCUCCAAUCAUCAAUUAUACGUAAUCGGUCUUCGAGAUUCCCAUCACGGUACUGUUAGGCGAUUAGAAAAAUUACUUGAUCGAGAGCAACUGGCUACGAAUUAUACUGUUAAACUCAUAUCAGAUACCGUAUAUCUGUGGUCGUAA